UGAUCAGCUGUGUCCAAUCACAGCUGAUCACAUCUGUCACGCUGACAGCUCGAGAGGAGAGGAGAGCCGUCUUUCCGCGGAGGGGACAUGUACACUGAUCAUCAGGGCACUGAUGAUCAGUGUGCCCUGAUGAUCAGUGUAGCCCCAGCAGUGCCACCUGUCAGUGUCCAUCAGUGCCUUAUGUCAGUGCUCAUCAGUGCCUCGUGCCAGUGCCCAUCAGUGCCACAUCAAUGCCACAUAUCAGUGCCUACCAGUGCACAUCAAUGCCACAUAUCAGUGCCCAUCUGAGCUGCCUUUCAGUGUCACCGAUCAGUGCCAGUCAGUGCCACCUAUCAAUGCCAAUCAGGGCCACCUAUCAGUGCUGCCAAUCAGUGCCAGUCAUCAGUGCUGCCUAUCAGUGUGCAUCAGUGCGGUCUUUCAGUGCCAGUCAGUGCCACCUAACAGUG